CAUACAUCGACCAGCCCGGCUUAUACGGCAGACCUUGCGAUCGGGCCUGCGCUACCACCAGUUGUCUUCACCACAACCUGGAGCCUGCUCGUAUCAGUCCCCAAAGACCAAUCCGGCACCGAGGGCAUUCACUUUCUCUUCUCGACCCUUUCGACAACAGCCGAGUCCAAGCCUCCAAAGUCACCAUGGUCUACCGCCCGAUCCACAGACAAUGGCGGACGCCCAAGAGGGCCUUCUACAUCCCCUUGAUCUUUGAGCUCGGCGCCACCGUCGGCCUCCUCAUCCUCUUUGGAAUCGCCCAGCCGGACCUCUUCCGGACCCAGCUCUGGCAGGCCGGAGCGGACCUCAACUUCAACUCGAGCCCGGUACUCCUUCUCUAUGCCUACGCCAACCACGAACCUCUGCCGCAGAUCCCAUUCGUCUGGUCUCUAAUGCUGACCAAUUUCAACGUGGCCAUCUCCGUCAUCAGUCUCUUCGUCCUGAUUGUCAAGCUGGUCGCCUUCAUCAUGAAUGUCUGGUUUCCAAUCAUCUGCACCGUCUUCUACGUGGUCCUGAGCGCCCUCUACGCGACCAGCGUCUAUGGGCAGGCCGGACCGGAUAACCUCGACCCAGACUUUCCCAGCUCCGUCGCCUGGUACAUUGCCAAGCCGUGCACCGUCGCCGCGAACCAGAGUAUCCAGUCGUCGUGUCGUGUGGCCAAGGGCACCUUUGCCACCACCGUGUUCAUGCUCGCCGUGUGCGUCUUCAACCUCGGCUAUGGCAUCUACUCGAUGCUCCCGAAUGAGCUCGACAACGCGCCGCAGGACUCUGACGACGACGACGCCGGGUCCUUCAACAAGGAGACCAAAAUCUGGGAGAUGGGCAACAUCCCGCCCACCCCGCGCACGGGCACCAUGCCGUACACGCCGCGCACCAUGGCAUUCAACACGCUCGACCGCCAGCUGCCGCUCAGACAGUACCGGUGAUCUAGGCCUGCUCUUGUUCUGAAGGAGCGGUCAAGAGAGAGAGCGAGCGAGGCGGUGCGAAGAAGAUGGGCUUUUAAGCAUGGGCUCGGCUAUUAUUUGUGUGCUGAUCAGCACGAGUUGUACGCUUCGCGGGGAAAGAGAUUUUUCUUGUUCUGGCACUGGUGUUUGGCGUUUGUGUUGUUUUCUGGUCUUCUACCUACUGUGGAUGCAGCAUAAUCGUUGUCAGGAUUGCACAACUGUGCUUA